AUGGUGGCCCUCAGUGUAGCUCUUACGACUCUCUUUGCUCUCUCGAUAUCUGCCUCCCCAUGUGUUCCUAAUGUGUGUCCGGAGAAGGUUGGCGCCGAGGGUGUGCAGGUUCGCCUGCCACCUGAGUUCAACGUGACUAGUCCGCAACAAGACAACUGCCCUUGGCGUCCGCUACCUGUGGGAUUCUUCUUCAAGCCGUGGUACAUUAUUGUUGCCACAAAUCCCCAGUAUGUCACGAUGAGGAACAUACAAUAUGAUCCAACUCCUGUCGAUCCUUCGGAUAUCACCGGCCAAGUCAAUGAUCUCUUUUCCUUCCAGAUUCCCGGCAAUGAGACCGUCUACACCACCUACGGCGUUGAUACGCCACGUCCAGGUUUUGUAGACCUGCUUGAUUUCAGGGGAACUGGCAUCAUUGCCAAUGCUACCAGUGAAUUCAGCAUAUUGUUCUGGGGGUGCGAUGCCGACUAUAUGCCAUAUUAUGGCAGCUAUUCGACCGCGACAGCACAGACCAAGACUCCACCGGGACUCGAUGUGCUGAGCACAAAUUACAAGGGCCCGGACCAGGGAACGCUUGAUGCAAUUUUGAAAGGACUGAAAGACUUGGGUAGUGAGGAGAUCACAGGCUUGGUGAACAAACUGAACACCCUCAAGCAUGAUACCGCAAAGAGGAAUUUGCCCAACGUAAGUCUUUCACAUGAAUCGAAACCGACACUUGCUGAUGUGAUGGUGUAG